AAAGAGUGGUUUGUGGUAGAUAACGCUGCAGCACGCCGUUUCAGCAGCAGAAGGCACGGGAGAGCAAUUGGAGAUGCUUUAAUUUCUGCGCCCGCUCUUGACUGGAUGUGCACAUGAUUACUGUAUUGGCAAUCUUAACUAAAAAUAUAGCGAUUCUGGAUCUGUGAAGAUGAAGAUGGAUGAAGGGGAGAUCACAAAUUACCAUGUGGAGUAAUCUUUCCAAAUACCUGCCUUUCUUUGUCUUUAUAGCACUUUUUGGUCUAUUGUUCUUGCUUAGAAAUAUCCACAACUUAGAGAAAUUCAACUGCAGAACUAUUUCUGCUCUUAACCAGCUACAGAGUGACAUUAAAACAGCCCUUAGAAAGGAUGUUUCUCACAUGGGCAGCGCUAACCAGACACAUUGUGGCUAUCUGGCAUCUGACCUUACUCCCGAGGAGAUUUCUGAAGAAGUUUACCUACAAGAGUCUCUUGUUUGGCCUGGACCACCUCACAAAGGGAUCCCUUUUCAGCAAAGCUCUGACCCCAAACAUAGCUUCUUUGUUAUCAUUAACUCCAAGACAGUGUUCCAAAUUGGUGACAUGCUAGAAGUUUUGGUCCAUAUGCAUGAUUUCCUAGGUCAUCCAAAGCAGCACGGUGGUGACUUCUUGCUAGCUCGUAUUCAUAGCCCAGAGCUGAAAGCUGGAGCUGCAGGAAAGGUGGUAGAUCACCAAAAUGGCUUCUACUCUGUGUAUUUCUCUUUGCUGUGGCCUGGUGAAGUUCACAUCUCUAUUAUUCUGGUCCAUCCUAGUGAAGCUGUGCAAGUUUUGAAACGGCUACGUGAAGAAAGACCUGACCGUGUUUACUUUAAAAGCCUUUUUCGCUCUGGUUACUUGUCAGAGAGCACGGUAUGCAACCUGUGCCUUCCUUUGCACCAGCCUCUUUGUAAUUACAGUGACCCACACACUGGCGAGCCUUGGUUCUGCUAUAAACCCAAGCUUCUCAGCUGCGAUACCCGGAUUGACCAUGCCAAAGGUGGCUAUCAGAAGCACAUCCUUGUUGGGAAAGAGAUCCUGUUUUUCCAAAGUGAUGUGAAUAUCAAAAUACCUAUCUCACCCUCUGGUGCUGGCUAUGUGGUAGUGAAAUUUCCAGCAAAACAAGAUCUGCCAGAACCAGAUAAGAGUAUACAUGCUGAGACAGCAAAGUAUUCUCCUUCCGGCUUCUAUUUCCAAGACAUGUGGAUGUCAACAACACAAAUUUUAAAGCGUUUUAAUGACACCUCGUCUAUUACAAAGUGCCUAAAAGGAAAAGUAAUCUACUUGCUUGGAGACUCUACUGUUCGCCAGUGGUUUGAAUAUUUAAACGCUUUUGUUCCAGACCUCAAAGAGUUCAAUCUUGGCAGUCCCAGGAAUGUAGGACCCUUUCUUGCAGUGGAUAGUGACCAUAAUAUUAUGCUGAAAUAUAGAUGCCAUGGACCACCUAUUCGAUUUUCCACUGUAGCAGCAAGUGAGCUGCGCUACAUUGCAAAUGAGCUGGAAGGCAUCAAGGGGGGCAAAAACACUGUUGUUGCCAUUACCAUCUGGUCCCAUUUUAGCACCUUCCCUGUGGAAGUUUACAUCAGAAGACUGCGCAAUAUCCGGCGGGCAGUAUUGAGACUUCUGGAUCGCAGUCCGGAUACAUUAAUUGUUAUCAAAACGGCAAACUUGCAAGCACUCGAUCCAGAGGUUAGCCUUUAUAACAGCGACUGGUUCUCACUGCAGCUCGACAUCCUUUUAAGACGUAUGUUUCAGGGGCUUGAUGUUGUUCUAGUGGAUGCAUGGGAAAUGACAUUGGCUCAUUCUCUUCCCCAUGCUCUUCAUCCACCAUUAAUUAUUGUGAAAAAUCAGAUUGAUGUGUUUCUAUCCCACAUCUGUCCUGACAGCCCAAAGUAGGUCAGUUGUCUCCAACUAUAACUUAAAAAUGCAAUUCAAAGGUUCAAAUGUUGAUAAAGUAAACAGAUCAGGAUGUAAGCCUUUUUUUCUGGCUCAGGACUUGUGGGUAAGAAAGUGAUAUGAAAUGUGUUUGUUGCUCAUUGCACACAGUUUACUACAGCAUAUUACUGCUUUACUCAGGCAAUCGGUAUUUAAUGGACUCUCGGGUGGUCGCAUCACAGGAAACGUUAGUGCUGCUUCUUCUUUAAGUUAAUUGCUCAGGAUGAUCUGUGCAAAAGUAAUUGUCAAGGCUCUGUUUUUUUCUCUGAUUAUUGUACUCCAUAAAACAAAGGGCACUUUUAAAAAAUUAGGAAGUCUGCAAUUUCAAAAGCUAUCUUUCUCAUGGUGUGAUUGCCCUAAUACUCCAGUUAUAGUCAUUACAAUCUUUUGUGUAAAGGCAGAAACAUACUGAAAAAAGGGUGUUAAAGGAAAUAGAGUAAGCCGUCUUCAGCAUUACUUGUCAGAGGUUUAAAGUGAAUAUAUUGUAUUGUAGAAUUACAAAAAUUGAUUUUACAUGCAAUAUAUUUAAAUAAUACUUGAUUAUCAUAAUAAUGUACAGUAUUAGAUAAAGGCCAGCUUUAUUUUUUCAAAAUCAAGAAGUCUGUGAUUUGUCCUUUAUUUUAAAAUACUGCAGUCUUGAUUGCACAAUGUUAAGUAAUAUAGAGUAAGAACACAACUCAUUUAUUAUUACUGAAUAUUAUUUCAGUGGAAAUAUUUUAUGUAUUUCCACACUGGGUCUAACCCUUAAAGGCAUAAACAAUGCUAUUUUAAAAACUUUUUUUUUUUUAAAUUGGUUCUUUCUGGAAGGCAUCUGUAAUGCUUUGUAACUCAAUUCAAGGUGGGAGACAUUGCCUCUCUCAAUCCUCCAUCACAUUACAUGCAGCGUUUAUUGCAUCAAUGUAGUUAUAGCACAAUUUUUUAUCUGUCAGCGAAAACUAUUUUUUCCUUAUUUCUGUAAUUUUUCAAAGUUUUCUUCCUAACACAUUCAGCUUUGCAGCAAGUCAUGCUUUAAGUUUGUGAUGUCACUAAUUUUCCAGGCACUGUCACUUCUGCUUUUAAAGCAGUUGGGCUUAAAAUCAAUUUGAUGUUGAUUCUAAGUAUAUUUUUUAAUUUGAUAAAAAAUGUUUAUUUUUAUAUUGCAAGAAAGAUUAUUGAAGGAUGACAGCAUGUUAGUCAGUAUAUUUAUUAUCUAUAAAACAGUGAAAACAAAGUAAAAGACUUUUGGAAAUGAUAUUUAAAAAUUUGGAACAUGUAUUUUUACUUUUCAUUUGACUAAUUAGUGCAAUAUUCAGGUUCCAAACCUAAAAAUAUGAAAAAUUAGAAGGAAAAUAUUAAAGAAAAAAUGGUAGAGACAUAUAGUUAAAGGGUAUUUAGCAAUUCACUGAAAAUGUCGUCAUUUUUAGUAUGUGUAUAUGUUCAAGUAGUGUGGUGCUAAUAAUGUCAAAGAAAAUGUAAUACACAUUGCUCAUUUUCAGAGACGUUUUGUCAAGUUUUUGCAUUUAUUUUAAAAGUUAGUACAUCAAAAUGGAAUAAUAAUAAACACAAAAAUAACAAAAAGCUGUUAGUAAUGCAUGUAUUACCAUUACUGUAGAAAUAUUAUUGCACAUGGUCAGCAGUUUGAAUAUUUUGUUCUUCAGGUUUCUUAAGGAUGUUUUACACACUAUCAGAAGUUUGGGUUUCAUGGAAAAAAAGUCUUUUGAAUAAUAAACUUUCUGGUAUCUUCAGAAUAGGGAACAUGCUAGAUCCUAGCCUUAACUUUCCAGAUGUAAACUUGUUUAAUCGAUUACAAGUGAUUACAAGUGACCAAAUUGUGGCUCCUGUGCAGGUUUGUGUGACUGGGUAAAGAGCUUGGCAAUCUGGGGAAGCUUAUUGUAGCAGCGCUGCAAGUCACAUAUUAAGGGAGCCUGUAGGAUGGUUUAGAUGGCCGUGGGCACCUUUCUGUCACAGUAGGGUAUACCAGACAUGUCCUACUUGGAGGAAACCUAGGGGCAGACCCAGGACAUGCUAGAGGGACCGUGUCUCAACUGACCUGGGAAAAUCUACGAAUUCACGAAGGCCUUGCUAGAGACCUGAAAAGUCCACAUUGGAUACCAUCAUGACCAUCAGCAAAUAAAGGAGAUCUAAAACAAUGAAGGUGAAAGCUACUUUUGCCAUAGAUACAUUUUCUCUGUAAUAAGCCCCAAAUAUGUAAGUAGAUUCUGAGGUAGUUUUAUAAUGCACUGUGAAUUCAGCACAUACAAUAUAUACACACACUGAGUAAUUUAGAUGCUCAGGAAACAAAAAUUUAACAAAAUUACAAAACAGUAAUUCAAAUAUGUACAAACAGAACUGCUUUGAUUCCUGUAUUCAAUGUUUAUGUUCAAAUGCAAGCAAUGCAAAUUAUACAUAAUUUGAUUAUUGUCUCUUCUGGUUCUGUAUUAACAUGUUCAGUGUUUUUAAAUUAUUAACGCUAAUAUUUUUGUUGCCAAAAACAAUUGCAUGAUAAACCAAAUUUAAGUUUGUAUAUGUGUAAAAACUUAAAGUGGAAAUUAAAGUAGCAUUUACUUUUUAUAUUUUUGCUAAUGUUCCAAUCCUUGUCUAAACACUUAAAUGUUUAGUUUGUUUUGUUAUUGUCUUAUUUUUGCUCUAAAGGAAGGUAACAUGUGUUUUUAUGUUGUAACUAAAAAUUAGGUGUUUAUAUUAUACUAUCUGAUAAUGAGAUUUAGAGAAAAUUAAAUAAAAUGAGGGUUAAGCCCUUUGCACUCAAA